UACUCCCCAUCCCUUUCACCCAUAAAUUGAAGCGAACUUCCAUCGGCCCUUUAAAUCCUUCCAUCCCUCGCGCUAACUACAAACCAGCUCCAAAUCCCAACCGACGAUGUUCGUUCAAGAAAGCUACCGAGCCCAAACACCACCCAGCUCCCACCCCCUCUCCUCCCAAAGAGACGUCACCUAUAGCUGUGGUUCUUGUGGGUUCGCGUUGAAUCUGAGCUCCUCCAACCGGAAUACGUCCAACAUCGGUUCCAAGUACCCGAAGGCCAUCAAGAAAGGGGUGGUGUCUUUCUUUUCGAUAGAUGAGAGCAGAUUCUCUCAGGCUGAUGAGCUUCUCUGCCUGCCCUGCUUCAGUUCCAAGCACUGGUGGGGGCUGUUCGGGCGGAAGACCAGGCUGCUCUGCCGCGAGUGUGGAAAUUUUAUCGGCAGUGUUUCUGCCAUCGGGCCGGAUAGCUGCAGAAAGUAUAACAUCAAGAUUAGUGCGUUGCAGCCGUCCUCCGCCGAAGAGUCGGCUAUUCCUCCUCUCUGCGCAUGAUGUGGGUUCUUUUUAUUUGGGUUAGAGGAAGGGUUGGAAGAUAUGCGGGGGAUGAAGAAAGAAAUUUGCAUGCCAGAUACAGACAAAAGGCUUUGUUCUGUUUCUAAUUUAUUAGUUCUUUGAGGCCUUCUUUGUUACAAAAAAAAAAAGGUUCUUUCAUUGUGGAUAAAUCCUCACCAUUGCAAUCUUAAUCUGCCUUUUGAUGUGGGCUCAUGAUGACUUUUAUUGAAAAAAAAAUCUUAUGUUUAAUUUUUUUAAAAAAUUACAUAAA